ACAGGCCAGACGUUCGUGUUUAUCCUAACACAGAUACACAACAAACGUUUUGUGUUCUAUUUUUGUUCAGCUUUUGCUCAACUUUUGUUAAAAAUACUGGCCAGCUAUUUGUCUCGUAUUUUAAAUGGGAAGAUCUCGUUCACGAUCACCAAGAAGAAAAGAUCGAAGGCGUUCAAGAAGUCGUGAAAAAGACGAGCCUAAAUUUGAUAAGUUUGGAAGAGAUGUGAGUGACAGACACAGUAGAGGAACAAGAGAUGAGCCGAGAAGGAGAGAGGAAAGAAGUAGAGAUUAUGGUCGAGAUUACAGGCCUAGAAAAGAAGAGAGAAGAGACCGAGAAAGAUCAGCCCAUACCUCUGUCGAUCGAAACUAUGAACGCAGUCAUAGCCGACAGAACGAAGAUGACGACCAACAACGUCAAAUGGUGAAACAAAUGUUUCAAGAACAAGAAGACGAAGUUGACGAAGAGACUCGCAGAAUGCAACAACUAAUGGGCAUUGGUGGGUUUGACACAACUAAGGGUAAGAAACACGCAGAUCAUUCGGGGUUUGCGAAAAUUAACAAGCCCGCCAAAUACAGACAAUACAUGAAUCGUCGUGGCGGAUUUAACAGACCUCUUGAUUGGGUUGGUUAAUGUGAUGCUAUAA